AUGAAGGUCUUUCUUGCUAUCGCAGCUUUGCUGUUGUUGCUGCCCUUGGUGGGCGCAGAAGUGUUCACGGUCUCUCCCGGCGAAAGUAUCCAGGAAGCCAUUGAGCUAGCGCAGCCAGGAGACACUGUGGAACUGAAAGAUGGCGAAUACACGGAGGAUCUCGUUACGGUUCGUGACGGCGAGCCCGACAAGCGCAUAACAUUAUCAGGAGGCCGCGGGGCCGUCCUGAAAGGAACCGGGAAAGAAAGCAGGCUUUUCCAAAUCCAUCAUUCGUACACGACCGUGGAUGGCUUCGUUUUGGAUGGGAAAAUCGGUAAAGGUGACAAGGCAGAGCACUACGUCGAUAAAGGCAUAUACGCUCACGGAAAUCGUGAGACUCGCGUCAUCAGACAGUACGGCGAAGAGUUUCGGAGUGCGAUCGACGGAUUGAUUAUUUCCAACAUGAAGAUUAUCAACUUCGGUGGCGAGUGCACGCGAUUUCGGUACUUCGUGACCAACCUGGAAUUCUUCGGGUCGCACCUGGAGAACUGCGGGGUUUACGAUUUUGUCUUCAAUGGGAUGAAAUCUGUCAACGGUGAAACGAUCUACCUAGGCACGUCAAGCAACCAGAUAUCAGACGGAAAAAAUCCUAGCGACGAGAUCGACCAGACCCGCUUCAUCCACAUACACCACAACGUCUUCAAGGGUCUCAGCAACGAGGUUGACGCAAAAGAGGGAGCUCAGUACAUACUGGUGGAAGAAAAUCAGUGCUCGACGCAGAAGGAUCCCAACUCCGGGUGCGUCGAUAGCAGAAGCGAUUACGUGGUCUUCAGGUACAACCAAAUUCAUAGUAAUGAUGGAGCUGGUGUUCGCAUCGGAGGUCACGAGGUCAAUGGAAAACAAUGGGGCCUGAACAACGAAGUGUAUGGCAACACGUUUUACGGCAACAAGGAGGGCGCUCUCAAGCUCCAGACUGGCCAGAAAGAGCACCCCCACCUGUGCGAGAACACUUGCAAAGGUGGCUGCGAGGUAUCGGGUUCGGCCAGCGAGGGGAAUGAGGACAUGGAGAAGAAGUGCUCCGACCUCAUGCCCAUAUUUUGGGUGGACGACACCAAGGCCGCACCCGACGCCGUGUCCGUCGGUGCCGAAGCCAGCAGCAUCGGCGGCGAGCCUGACGACGCGGCCGACGCCGACACCCGUGAACAUGAACCGGAGGCCGACUUUGAUGCUGCGGUAGAAGGCAGGGCCGAGCCGAAGCAGUCCGGCAAGUGCUUUCCGGUUCCGAUCGCGGACGUCAAGGCUUCCAGCGAAGAUGGAAAGCACACCGUGCACGCCGCCAUCGACGGGAAGGCGCUCACGCGCUGGAGCUCUCUCGGCAAGGGCGAGUGGCUCGAGAUCGAUCUCGCUUCCCCCCAAAAGAUAGACGCGAUCGAGAUGUCGUUUUUCAAAGGAGACGAGCGCACGCAGUCCUUCGAGGUUGCCGUCGACGGCAAAAACAUACUCCAAAACCAGGAGUCGAACGGCAAGACCCUGGCGCUCGAACGAUUCCCGUUCCCGAAAGCCGUAGACGCUUCUUCCUCCGUCACCAUCGAGGGCGGCGGCAAUUCCCAAAACGACUGGAAUUCGAUGACGGAGGUGAUCGUCUGCGGCGCGGAGGAGCAGCAGCAGAAAUCCCAAGAAUCCGAAGACGGACUGUGCUCCACGAUUGAGAAGCUGGACAUCGGUAAGGUCAGCGCCUCGGUCGACGACGGCAAGGACAGGGCAGCCACCAGCGUCAUCGACGGCGACCUCAAGACCCGCUGGGAGACGGAGGGACCAGAGGAGCAGCAUAUCUCUGUGGAUUUGGGGAAGCCGAUGACCGUGACCGAGCUCGGCCUGGCGGUGUUCGAGGGCGACAAGAUCAAGCAGUUUUUCGACGUCCUCGUCGAGACCGAGGAGCACGGCUGGGAGGAGGUUGUCAUUGAUGGCGAGAGCUUGAAGAGUAACGGCAUCGAGUCGUACGACAUCGGUAUGAAGGGCGUGACGACCGUCAAAGUCGUGUGCUACGGGUCCGAGGACCUUGCUUCGGGAGAGGGAAUCGAGCGUAACUCGUUCACGGAGAUCGAGCUGUACGGGUGUGUUUAA